AUGGCUGCCGAACUCACCUCAACCAAGCUAAAUGCCGAGAGCCAUUUGCUAUUGGACCAACCACUCCUUCGGCUCCCCCACGAAUUAGCGAGACGAAAUUUCAAAAGUGUACAGCGGAUUGUCGAGCGCGAAAGAGAACACAUUAUUCCUGCACUUAAAGAAGCUGCAAAUGGCUCGUUGGCUGGUACUCAAACACCCGACCAGACGCUAGCAUCUUUAGACGCCAUGAUCUCCAGAAUGCAAGGAUUGAAACGGAAGAUGGAGACGUUGCAUGAAGAAGAAAAAAGGAUUCAGACUCAUUCGAAAAGACGGAUUCAACACUUGCAAGACCUCUACAAAAUCCAGAAUUUAGCAGACGUGAAAUAUGAGGAAUGGUCGCGGACCCGGCUUGAUAGGUUACUGGUGGACCAUAUGCUCCGAUCCGGGUUCCCGGAAAGUGCAAAACAGCUGGCAAAGGCAAAGAAUAUUGAGGAUUUAGUUGACGCAGACACUUUUGUCCAGUGUCAGCGAAUUGCCGAAAAUCUGAGGAACGGAGAUGCGAAGGAAGCACUGCAGUGGUGCGGCGAGAACAAAGGUGCUCUAAAGAAGAGUCAGAACACCUUGGAAUUCGAGUUGCGACUACAGCAAUAUAUCGAGAUGGUUCGGACUGGUCAGCCUAUGAAGCUCAUUGAGGCCAUGCAACACGCCAAGAAAUAUUUAUCACAACAUAUUGAGACGCAGUCGGUGGAGAUACAUCGAGCUGCUGGCUUGCUUGCUUUCCCCAAAGAAACGAAUGCAGAGCCUUAUAAGGCGUUGGAAGUACCUUUCAGAUCUUUUUCUUCGCACACAUCACGAGCUACUAUCAUUACCUCCUCGACCACUAUUACACAUUGCUCUUUCCGCGGGCUUGUCUGCACUCAAAACACCAGCCUGCCACUCGGCAUAUGCUUCAUCGAGCACCAACUCUCUAUCAGCGACGACCUCGGUGUGCCCCAUCUGCUCGACGGAACUGAACGAGCUCGCCAAACAUGUUCCAUAUGCGCAUCAUACGAAAAGCUCUGUGGAGAGCGAUUCGAUCAUUCUGCCGAACGGGAGAAGCUAUGGGCGAGAACGGAUACUCGAAAUGAGUAG